UUCCUUCUCUCUCUCUCUGUGGGAGUUGAAAAUGGGAAUCUGCAUAUCCGCUGCAUCUUCUCAGAUUCGCCAUGAAACUAAAGUUACGGCGAUUUGUGCAGCAAACGAGCUUGCUUUUGAAGAACAGAGAUCCGAUUCCGUGUGUUCCAAGCAAGGCAACAAAGGGAUCAAUCAAGAUGCUGCCUUUGUCUAUCAGGAGUACGGCGAACAGGGCAGGGCUCUGUUCGGAGUGUUCGAUGGGCAUGGAACAAAUGGUCAUACUGUCAGCAACAUGGCGAAGAGUAGACUGCCGCCGCUGUUGCUAAGUGCUGUCUCAAAAGCUGAGACUGAUUUUGUUGGGUGGAAAGAAGCUAUGGUCACUGCCUUCAAGGUGAUGGACAAGGAGAUCAAACUUCAAGAGAAUUUGGACUGUUCUUUCAGUGGAACCACCGCUGUUAUCAUUCUCAAACAGGGAGAAGAUUUGGUGAUUGCGAAUUUGGGGGAUUCGAGGGCUGUGAUGGGGAGGGUGACGGAGAAUGGCAUCGAGGCCGUUCAAUUAACGACUGAUUUGAAGCCUGGUUUGCCGGACGAAGCUGAGCGGAUAAGGAAGUGUAAUGGGAGAGUGUUGGCUUUACAAGAAGAGCCGCAUAUACAGAGAGUGUGGCUGCCGAAGGAGGACGCGCCGGGGCUGGCCAUGUCCAGAGCUUUUGGGGACUUUGCUCUUAAAGAACAUGGCAUUAUUGCUCUUCCCGAUGUCUCCUACCGCCGUCUCGCUCCCGACGACCACUCCAUCGUUCUCGCCACUGAUGGGAUUUGGGACGUGCUGAGCAACGACGAAGUAGCGUCGAUCGUGUGGAAAGCGGAGAGCGAAGAAGCGGCGGCGAAAGCGGUGGUGGAGGCGGCGACUGAGGCUUGGAAACGCUACCCUGCUUCCAAACUCGACGACCGCACCGUCGUGUGCCACUUUUUACAAAACCAACGGCAGUGGGAAAAUUGAAAGUAACUCAACAGACAGCUAUGUGGGUGAAACUCCGGGAUCCGUACAAGUUAGAGCCGUCGUUCUCCGCCGUCGGUACGGCCAUGUCCGGGAGAGUACUUAAGGCUGCAGGCUUUAUUGAAGGGACUGAUAGUGAAAUAAUGGUUUUCUUUAUUGUAAUAAAUAUGUGGUCAGAAUCAGAAAAUUACAAAAGUAGAAGGAUCAAUAGAAUAUACUUUUUCUUUAUAAUUUUAGAUACAAAAAAUUUGUUGUGAAAUGGAAUAUGUUGCCGAGGUUAAUUAUGGAAAAUGACAACAAAUUUUCGAGAUAAUUUCCAUGGUUCAUAUUUCAUCCA